AUGUUAGCGAUGGGGAUUCUCCUCCUACCGAAGAAGGACGGCACUUGGCGUUUCUGCGUCGAUUACCGCAAGCUUAGCGACAUUACGGUUAACGACAAGUAUCCGUUACCCCGUAUCGACGACAUGCUGUCUGCUUUAUCGGGCGCACGAUACUUUUCCAGUCUUGACGCAGCGUCGGGUUAUUGGCAAGUCCCUGUGGAAGCGUCCGCCAUACCUAAGACGGCUUUCAUCUGCACCGAAGGCUUGUUUGAGUUUGUCGCUAUGCUUUUUGGGCUGCACAACGCGGCUGCUACCUACCAGCGAAUGAUGCAGCAGAUCCUUGGCGACUUGCUGUGGAAGUGUUGUCUCGUGUAUAUUGACGACAUCUUAGUGUUCGGCAGUACAUUCGAGGAGCACAACCGCAAUCUUCGUGAAGUCUUGAGACGAAUUCGUGAGCAUGACCUCUUGCUGAAGGUGGCCACGUCGUGA